AUGGACUCAAAAGUUUCUCAUUCUCGCACUGCAACUUCUAGGCCCUGCGACAGUGACACAUAUCGACUAUUGCCAACCGAACUCCUUGAACAAAUCCUUACCGAAGCAUGGGUCUCUUCGAUGUCUCCCGAAGAGCGAAAAAAAUUUGUGAAAACGAUAUCCCGCGCGUCCAAGACAUGGGCAGCUACUCUGGCAAGGGUAUGCUCCAGAGAUGUAUACAUUAUUGAAGAGGAACUACAAUUUCCCAAAAGAAUCGAAACAGAUUAUUCCUCCUUCCAACUUCGUCGUUCAUUGACUCGACAACUCCCACUCCCUUCAUUUGCCUUGACGACAUACGGCUCAUUCACCCAAUUCGAGCGCCUUAGGAAAAGGGCGAUGAAAGACCUCCUAUCCACAUUUCGAGGACUACCUUACGCUCCCAAUUUAUCAAAACUUUCGGUCGAAUAUUUCAGUCAAGGAACUAGCUCUUGUUCGAUCAUAGCUUUCGACGUCCGAGUGAUCCGCAUGGAGGUGGAAUAUAAUUUUGUACCAGAUACACCCUCGUGGCUGCUAGAUGAAUUGGGUCUCACUGGUCGGGGCAGGCUGUCAAAAUCAAGCCAUACUCCUUGGGAGAUACCUGACCUGGACCACAUAUCGACAUCGGAUAGUGACGCAUCUGCCUUUGGGGAUAUUCUGAGACUUUGCCCUCACCUCGAAAUGCCGACAACGAAAACAUUUGGAAUCAAUUUGAGAAUUUUGUCGUCUUCAGACUAUGUGCCACAGCAUUCCUCCAUUGUUCACGGACCGGUCUCCUUCCCAAAAUUUCUGGGGUGGAUAUCAGAAAAUGACCUCAAACAGCAUAGAAAUGGAUGUAUACCAGAGGGGAUAUGUGGGAAAUCUCUAGGCCUUGUCCUCGACAACCCCAUAUACAGUCGCGGUCGUUCGCAGGAUUUGACGAAUAUGAUAAGGAAUGUCGGCGUAUUUACCCAGAGGUCUGGCUCUUCCUAA